AUGUCAGUUAAUAACUGGUUGAAUUCUGAAGGUGAACAAGAAGUGCACCAGCAGUUUACUGAUGAAGACUUUGUUCAAGGUGUCACAGAAAUAGAGCAAGAGGAAGAAGAAGAGGUAGAGGUCAUAGAACCAACUCUAACUGCAAAAAAAAAGUUGGCUGUUUUGCGUGAUGCAUUAAAAAUCAUUACUGAGAUGGUUGAUAAUAGUGGCGCAAUAUUAAAAUCUCUUCGUAAAAUACAAACCCAUAUCCAUGAAGAGGUUCAAAGAAAACAAAAUAAAAAACAG